GGGCCGGGCCCCGCAUGGCCCAGCAAGUGUCCGUGGGGAGCGCCGAAGGCCGCGCCGAUGUCGUGCUCCCUCGCGGAUGUGAUGAGCGAGCAGCUGGCCAAAGAGCUGCAGCUGGAAGAAGAAAGUGCCGCGUUCCCCGAAGCGGCUGCUGUUGCUGAAGGACCAUUUAUUACAGGAGAAAAUAUUGAUACAUCUAGUGACCUCAUGCUAGCUCAGAUGCUGCAGAUGGAAUUUGACAGGGAAUAUGACGCACAGCUUCGGCGGGAGGAGAAAAAGUUCAAUGGAGAUAGCAAAGUUUCUAUAUCCUUUGAAAACUAUCGGAAGGUGCAUCCCUUUGACAGUGACAGCUCAGAGGAUGAGGUUGAUUGGCAAGAUACCCGUCAUGAUCCCUAUAGAGCAGAUAAACCUACUACAACUCCAAAGAAGGGCUUCAUAGGAAAGGGAAAGGACAUUACUACUAAGCACGAUGAAGUAGUAUGUGGAAGAAAGAACACUGCUCGCAUGGAAAAUUUUGCACCGGAAUUCCAGGUCGGCGAUGGAAUUGGGAUGGACUUAAAGCUGUCCAACCAAGUGUUCAAUGCCUUAAAGCAGCACGCGUACUCUGAGGAGCGUCGAAGCGCCCGGCUCCAUGAAAAGAAGGAGCACUCCACUGCUGAGAAAGCAGUGGAUCCUAAGACACGUUUGCUUCUGUACAAGAUGGUCAAUUCUGGGAUGCUGGAGACCAUUACAGGCUGCAUCAGCACGGGAAAAGAAUCUGUUGUUUUUCAUGCGUACGGAGGAAAUACAAAUGAAGAAGAUAAAGUUAUACCUCCAGAAUGUGCUAUAAAAGUUUUUAAAACAACUCUUAAUGAAUUCAAGAACCGUGACAAAUAUAUUAAGGAUGACUACAGAUUUAAAGACCGCUUCAGUAAAUUGAAUCCACGUAAGAUUAUUCGUAUGUGGGCUGAGAAGGAAAUGCAUAACUUGACAAGAAUGCAAAAUGCAGGAAUUCCUUGUCCUCAAGUGGUUAUCCUUAAGAAACAUGUCUUGGUUAUGUCUUUCAUUGGCCAGGAUCAAGCCCCAGCUCCUAAGCUAAAGGAUGUAAAACUUAGUAGUGAAGAUAUGAAAAAGGCUUACUAUCAGGUUCUUAAUAUGAUGCAGCAGCUGUACAAAGAGUGCAACUUGGUCCACGCUGACCUGAGUGAAUACAACAUGCUUUGGCACGAGGGAAAGGUGUGGCUUAUUGAUGUCAGUCAGUCUGUGGAGCCAACUCAUCCUCAUGGGCUUGAGUUUUUGUUCAGAGACUGCAGGAACGUUUCCCAGUUCUUCCAGAAAGGAGGUGUGACAGAAGCACUUAAUGAGCGUGAACUCUUCAAUGCUGUCUCGAAUUUAAAUAUUACAGCUGACAAUGAAGUGGACUUCCAGGCAGAGAUCGAAGCGCUGGAGAAGAUGAACGAAGAUCACGUGCAGAAACAUGGAAAGAAGGUGUCUAUGUUUCCAAGUGAUGGGGACCCGCCUAGCUGUGGUGAAUAGCACUGCGUGUAGCUGCUAAAGAAGA